AGAAAGAGAUAAAAACAAUAAAUGCAAAACAAGCAAGUCGUACACUAAAGAAAAAAGGAAAGCAUCUACUUAUUCUUCAAUAUUCUUCAUAAUAAAUUAACAAAUACAGAUUACAAUAUUGAAUUAUCAGAGGACAAUAUUGAAUUAUCAGUAAAGAUAUUCGUAUUUUGUGUAUUACUAGAAAUUACUCUGUUAAUUGAUCCGAGUGUAUAUCAUUAUUAUGUCGACUGAGAAAAAAACGAAGCAGACACUAGACCUGGCAUCUUUAGAACCUGCUGUGAGAGUAAAGCAAUUAGCAAAUUAUGGAACCAUGGUGGAUGUUGAUCCAAACAUUCCUCCAAGAAGAUAUUUCCGAUCAGGCCUGGAAAUGGUGAGAAUGGCCAAUGUCUACCUCGAAGAAGGGAGUUAUGAAAAUGCAUACAUUUUGUAUAUGAAGUAUAUGACACUGUUCUUGGAGAAAAUCCGCAAGCACCCAGAGUAUGGCACUGUACCUGCACAAGUGAAAGCUGUCAAUCAAACCAUGUUAAAAGAGGUUGUACCAAAAGCAGAGAAACUUAAACAAAAACUAUUAAAUCACUACACUGCAGAACAUGCACAGUAUAGAGAAGAUGAGGGUAAAAGACGUAAAGCAGAAGAGGAAAGGAGAAAACAGGAACAUGAUGACGCCAAGUUGGCAGAGCGUCUACAGGCUGAUGAGAACAGGCGAGAUGGACAACCCAACACACCACAUUUAUUACAUGCGGAGGAAUGGGCAGUAAGUCCCUCUGCGCCCCCGAUGGACGGCGUACUAUAUCCAGACGACUUCGCGGCGGAGCCACCUCGCGCACCAUCACACCACUACCGGGCCGUACCACCACUCAUACCGCCCAAGACACUUAUCGAGGGCGGCUUCGGUCCGGAGCCGACACUUCCACCGCUGUCGGCGUCACAACGCAUGCGUCCUGUAUUGGUGCCAGCGGCGCUGCUUACUCGCUUCCUGCAGCUGGCUUCUGCGAAUACAGCGCGUAAUGUUGAAACCUGUGGCAUACUAGCUGGGAAACUGGAGCGAGACCAACUGAAGAUCACUCAUGUUAUUGUUCCAAAACAAACAGGCACACCAGAUUCUUGUAGCACUAACAAUGAAGAAGAGAUUUUCCACUAUCAGGACCAACAUAACCUCAUCACUCUAGGUUGGAUACAUACUCACCCAACUCAGACCGCUUUCCUUUCAUCGGUGGACCUCCACACACAGUGUUCAUAUCAGCUUAUGAUGCCCGAAGCAAUUGCAAUUGUGUGCGCACCAAAGUAUAAUGAAACUGGCUAUUUCGCGCUGACACCCGACUAUGGGAUGGACUUUAUAUCGAACUGUAGGCAAACUGGCUUCCACCCACAUCCCAACGACCCGCCGUUGUUUUAUGAUGUUAAACAUAUACGCUUGGAAAACUCAGCAUCCGUGGAAAUGGUGGAUCUCAGGAGGUGAACCCAAAAUAACAAUUUUAGUUGGUAUACAUCACACUGCAGCGCUUAUUAUGAAUAUAUCUACUCAUAUUUCAUUUCGUAUUUCACUUCGUGAAUUUCUACUUAAUAUCGUGUUUGGGAGACAAAUUAGUUUUAGUUGAAUAAUUCUAUCAUAAAUUUGUAUGCAUAUUUUUAGGUUUUGUACAACGGUAGCAAAAUUAAUACAAGUCAUUUUUUAGUCAAGACACCAAAUUGAUUUUUUAGGACUUCGCAAUUUUUUAAUAACAAUUUUUGAUAACAACAGAAUUAUUUCUUACUCAUGAAUGUCACCUUGUUUGCUAUUCUAAUUACAUGAAAAAGUAUAUUUUUUGUUAUAUUACAUAUUUUGGUGUAAUUAUUUUAAAUGAGCUACAAAGCCAUAGGUAUAACUUUUGAAAAUA